AGCGCGUUCGGGUGUCUCCGGCACGGCAGUGACGCCCCGGUGAAGGGAGGGUGCUCGUGGUAUCCCGCCUCAGCCGGACAUGCGGCUGCUCUCGCGAGCUCUCCGCGCGGCUCAGGGCUGCCGGGCCGCCGCGCUGCCCCCUCGGAGCCUCCGGGCAGGGCCGGCCGGGAGCAGCGCAGCGGGGAGAUGUCCACCCCAGCCGUGCCGCAGGCUGAGCGCCCGGCCCGGCCUGGACGAGCUGUUCGCCGCCCCGUCCUUGCGCCGGCUGCUGGAGGCGCGGGCGCAGGGCGCGGGCGGGGCGGCGCCGCAGCUGGCGGCGAGGGUGCGGCGGCUGCGCGACAAGGAGCGCGAGCUGCGCGACACGCGCGAGCUGGCGCGGCAAGAUGAGAAUGAAGAUUUACGGAAGCUUGCAGAAAUGGAAAUUGCCUCCUGUGAAGAAGAGAUAGCUGAACUGAAACAACAGAUAGUGUUGCUUUUGAUUCCUUCAGAAGAAACAGAUGAAAGUGAUCUGGUCAUGGAAGUAACUGCUGGAGUUGGAGGGCAGGAAGCCAUGCUGUUCACUUCGGAGAUAUUUGAUAUGUAUCAACGAUAUGCUGCCUAUAAAAAAUGGAAAUUUGAAGUAUUAGAAUACUUUCCCAGUGAAAUAGGUGGCCUAAGACAUGCAGUAGCCAGUAUAGCAGGUCUGGAGGCUUACAAAUACAUGAAAUUUGAAGGAGGAGUGCAUCGUGUUCAGCGGGUACCGAAGACAGAAAAACAAGGACGCAUUCAUACCAGCACAAUGACUGUUGCAAUAUUACCCCAACCCACUAAGAUGAGGCUGCAAAUUAAUCCAAAAGAUCUACGGAUAGAAACAAAGCGAGCUAGUGGAGCUGGAGGCCAGCAUGUCAAUACCACAGAUAGUGCUGUAAGGAUAGUUCAUAUUCCAACAGGGAUCGUGUCUGAAUGUCAGCAAGAAAGAUCUCAAAUUAGAAACAAAGAGAAAGCUAUGCAAAUGCUAUGUGCUAAACUCUACAAUGCCAAACUAGAAGAAGAAACUAAAAAGAGAAACAGUGUUCGAAAGAUUCAGAUUGGGACUAAAGGAAGAUCAGAGAAGAUCAGAACAUACAACUUUCCACAAGACCGGAUUACAGACCACAGAAUAAGCAGAUCAGUGCAUCACAUUGAAUCUUUCAUGCUAGGAGAAGAAAUGCUAGAUGAAAUGAUACAAACUCUGAGAGAAUAUGCUGAUUUUGAAUCUUUAAUGGAAAUUAUUUCAGAAAAUGAAAAAAAAAAUUCCUCCUGAACAUUACUCUUUAUCAGCCCAUUAGAACAGAUGUUGUAAGGUCUGCAAGGAAGCUUCUUGGAAUACCACCGAGAAAAUGGAACUGCUUUUCAGGUCAUGAAAAACACCACAACUUCUUUCCUCGUGACUAAUAAACAGUUUUCUUACUUGCUGAGUAAAAGACUUUAUUAUCUUCAUAUGAGAUACAUUAUUGCUGCAGCAGUCCAUUUGAAAAGUAAAUUUGACUGCGUCAGAAGGAACUGCGGUUUUUAGUUUUCUCCACUGAGAAGAUACUGAUACACCACUCUUGAAAGGUAUGCGCACAUUAAAAAAUUAGCUAUUUGUAGUUCCAGUUUUCGUUUAAACAAUAGCUUAAACAUCAGUACAGUGUCAAAUAGCUUACUUGAGAGAUCAAGAAAAAACUUAAUUUCUUUGAGUGAUUCUACCUAUAUGCAUAUCUGUUAAUCAAUUAAAAUGUCAUGAGAGGGAGUCUAAGUGUAUCUUCAUCAUGUUUUCAUGCCCUUCAGAACAGAAGUCUAGGAAUAUCCCUUUUUCCAGAAAAAAAAAAAGCUGUGGAAGCCAAGUGACAAAUCAUAUGAGUUGAUUUUUGAAAGAAUGUUUCUGUUCUUGAGUCCAAAGUGAAUUGUUACAGUAUUGUUCGGCUGAUACUUUAGUCUCCACUUCGCUUCGCUUGAGUUUCUGCUUUAUGCUUUUAAUUGACCCUCCAAUUUAUUGAUUUUCUAAAAGUUACAUGGUGUGACAGACAUCUUAGUGUUUUUGUCUAUCUAUUUAACAGCAUUGUAAGGCAUUCGAUACCUUUAUCAGCUUUGUUUUUUAGUAAACACUGCAUGGUAACUA